AUUUGAUUUAAUACGGCCUACCAAAAGACCCUAAGUUAUUAUAAAAUCCCAAACAAACUUGAUCUAUCUUCUAACAAAUAAAGCAAAAAAUGGAAGAAAUAGAGCACAAGUACAUUGAAGUGAAUGGGCUAAAGCUCCAUAUAGCUGAAAUUGGAAGUGGGUUUUCUCCAGUUGUGGUGUUCUUACAUGGAUUCCCUGAAAUUUGGUAUUCUUGGAGGCACCAGAUGGUAGCUGUAGCCAAAGCGGGUUACAGAGCUAUUGCACCCGAUUACAGAGGAUAUGGGUUAUCGGAUCAACCAACCCAACCCGAGAAAACCACAUUCCUCGAUCUUGUCAGUGACCUCCUUGCACUUCUUGAUGCUCUUAAUAUCUCUAAGGUUUUUCUCGUUGGUAAAGACUUUGGAUCUUUUGUCAUUUCGUAUUUUUCCAUUCUCCACAAGGAGAGAGUCUCUGGAUUUAUUGUUAUGGGGGUGCCAUUUUUGCCUCCAAAACCUCUUGAGUUUAAAAAAGGCCUCCCUGAAGGAUUCUAUAUUUCGAGAUUUGGGAUACCUGGGAGAGCUGAAGCUGAUUUUGGUCGUCUUGACGCCAAAACAGUAGUGAAGAAUGUAUACAUUCUUUUCUCCAGAAGUGAAUUACCAAUAGCCAAUGAAGAUCAGGAAAUCAUGGACAUUGUGCAACCUUCAACUCCUCUGCCCCCUUGGUUCUCCGAGGAAGACCUGGCUGCGUAUGGAGCUUUGUACGAAAGAUCUGGAUUCCGAACUGCAUUGCAGGUUCCCUAUAGGUCACUGCAUGAACAAGUCAACAUAACAGAUCCAACCGUUCACGUUCAAGCACUGUAUAUUAGGGGAGAGAAAGAUUAUUUCCUCAAAUUUCCAGGCAUCGAAGAUUACAUUAGUAGUGGAGUCCUCAAAAGUUUAGUCCCUAAUCUGCAGAUAGUUAACUUGCCAGAAGGAAACCAUUUUGUUCAAGAACAACUACCUGACGAGGUUAAUCAACUCGUGCUCGAAUUCCUUACCAAAAAUAGUAAGGUUCAGUAAGUCCUCAUUGUUGUUGUUGCUCCGUCUACUAAGACAGAAGCUCCAAUAAGGCAUUGUUAUUGUUGUUGUUGCUCUAUCUACUAAGAAUAGAAGUUCCAUUAAGUUGUUGUUGUUGUUUUUCCGAUAUUCGUUCAGUAAGUCCUAGUUGUGUUCUACAUGUAAUAUUUUGCUGCAGUGACCCUGCAAUUCCUAUAAAAAGCAGGCACUGAAAGAUGAAAUUACCAUGUUAUGAAAGCUUUGUUCCAUCUCUCUUU